GAGCGGGCACUAGUGGCCCUUCUUUCCCGAGUCUUUGGCGUUUCUUCAAAGCCGUAUUCCUCGUCGGCGUGCGCCGGCCCGUUCCAGCUUGCAGCCUCAAGAUGAUCCGCAGGUUCUCCAUGCUCUGGCGCUCCUCAAGUGGGGAGUAAUGGAGGGGGGUAACUUGCUGACGCCGUGCCAUGUCCACUGUAGCAUGCAUAAGUCUGUCUGCUAGGUUCUUUGAUUAGGUUCCGUGUUUGUCAUGCCUAAGGGCAGGGAAAAAAACAAAAAUCCAAAACUGGCCUACCUGCACCGAGGCGCUAUUCAAGAGAAAAAAAAAAAAAAAAAAAAAAAAAAAAGGCGGCCCACAGUCUUAUACGCCUGCUGUUCCCCAUAUCCACCACGUCUAUUCGAUUUAAGAAAGGGAAAUGGCACGGAACCUUUUCAGAUAAGAGAAGGCAAAGAAGAGAAUUAUACUCUAGCAUCCAGCUUCGUGAAUUUCCUCCCCCUACUAUAUCUUUGCCAAUUACACCUCCUGGUUUCUUAUCCUCACAACCACUACCGUUACCACUGUACAAGGACUCGACCAGGGAUACAGAUAAAAAAAACGCCCGCUACAACAGCAAAACCUCGUUCCCCCUCCCCCUCUUUCGCUUCCUUCGCCCUUUUUUUUUUGAGACAACAAGAGGGGCCAUCUAUAACGCCACGGCCAGAUAAACACUCUGUCGUCCAUCAUGUCUGACCCAAGACUCGAUAUCAAGUAUGACUGGCGAUUGAGGCUUGAAGGUACGCCCUAUAUCCUAGCUAUUAAUUCCCCUUGUGGGAGAAGCCGCGAGUCCGUG